UAUUUACCAGAUGUGAUACACAUAAAAAAUAAAAACUGUACCAGCUGCUUAUUUUGAGCGCUUAAUAUUGGCAAGGGUAGAUUGGGAGAGCGGAAAGAUCGUCAAGUGUAACUUUAAAACCAUUAAUGAAUAUGGCGGCGCCGCGACAAGGAAUACGUACAGUUUUAGCUGAUCGCUUAGAGCCUUUACGAGUGGCUACGACACCAACAAAUGCUAAUCGACCAAAUGAACCAGCCACGAUUUUUGCUGCAACGCCUGUAGAUAAUAUUACCAAUGUAGCUUUAGCUCAAGACUAUGCAAGCUUGACGCAUUCGCCAGAUGAACUAAUAAUACGCCAGCGAGGGAGACGUAAACCGUUAUUAAAAUGGACGCCUGAAAAGGCGGCUGCUGUUGCUGCGAACAAUGUGCGCAGCCCAUUUCAAAGAACACCUACGAAAGUGCCAAUGAGCACGAGCAUGAUUUUGCGUAGUUCACCCCGCAAACGGUUAGCUAUGGGUACGCUGCCGCCAGAGCCGAAAGCUUACGACGGUAUCUCACCCAUCAAACCUGACGCUAGCCAAGAAUUAUGGCCGAGCAGUCCGAAUUUCAAGAAACCCAACUUACAAGAACUUGAAAGGCCUAUAGCGCAAACAAGUGAUGAAAUUCCACUACAUACUUUGCUUCAAGGCUUAACUCGGCAGCAAUUGGUUGAAUUAAUUGUAAAUGAAUUAGCUGCCGGUGAUGCUAAGGUUGAAAAAGAUUUGAGAGCUCAGCUACCAAUGCCUGACAUACAAUACAUGGAACAGGAGCUGCUGCAUGCUAAACGUAUGAUUUUCAAAUCCUUGCCCACGUCUAGGCUAUGCAAGAAAACUGAUAGCACAGCCUAUACAAGAGCUUCUCUGCAUUUAAAUGAAUUUAGACGUUUGCUUAGUCAACAUAUUAAGCAAUUACAAGAUUCAAGUCAUUGGGAUGCCUUAAUUGACUAUACUUGCAUGGCUUGGCCUUAUGUGCGAGCCACCCCAAAUUGGGAUAAUUUCAUACAUAAUGCCAUAAGGAAACAGUGCUUUCGUACUUUAACCUGUAGCUGCAUAGCCGCAAUUAAAUAUGGUGGCUCGCGUUUAGGCAUCAAUCGCUUACACAGGCUCGAACGCAGUUUAAACAGCUGGUUAAACGACUCAGAGGAUAUUCAGUCAUGCGUGAAUGUUUUGAAAAGAAUGUUGGGUAAGGGACGUUAUAGCUUGUAAGGUAUAUUUUUUCAAUUGUUGCUAUUCUAUAAUGCCAUCUCUUAACAUCUUAGAAAUUAAAAAACAAUUCACUUACUCUUUAAGAACGCAUGACGAUUAUAUACAUAUAUAUAUACAUAUAUAUAGAUACUUUUUCUCCUUGUAUAAAAUGACGUGAAAGCGUAGUGUUUUGUGUACCACCUGACGAAAAGUGUGCGUUUAUCAAUGUUGUUUGGUGCGAGAUAAUUAGGCUAUAUAUCUUUAAGUAGUACAUGAUUCGGUCUUAAUUUCUCCAUAUUUCUUGUACUGUUUAUGUUUAAAAUGAUCACGAUAGUCAUACACAGAAAAAGGAGAAUUCGCAUAUAUUUUCUAGGUUUGUGGAUGAGAAUGAAAUAUGAACAUGUGAGUGAUUUUGCGCCAAUGUGCCAUAAUAUCUAAACCUACUGCUUAAAGCCUCAAAGUAGUCUGCAGUUUAAUAUUGAAAAUAAUCGUGAUGCAGCCAUAAGCGAUAAAAAAUGUAAUGAACGUAAGGUAAAAUCUAAUAAGUUCCAAUAUAUAUUCCAUUAAUAAGACUAGAUUAAUGAUUAAUGAUCUAAGUUAUCGAUCACAAACGUGUCUUAGCUUUGCAAAAUCUUUAUCUGGGAAUGAAAUCGCUUGGUACACCGAGCGAAAAGAAUUUUUAUAUGUGCGCUUGAGGUGGGGGAUAUCUAAAAUUGGUCUUCAAUUCUAUAUAUUAUAAUUCUUUUAUUGUUUGAUUUAAAAAACUCUACGCAGGUUUUUAAUCAUAUUUUGUAAAUCUAGGUUUUCGUCAAAGGUCCCCUAUAUCUUAAGAUUAUUUAAUUCUUUCUGUUAUUACAAUUUAAGUACAAAGUGUGUCAUAUUUUAUUUAUGCACAAAAUAGACUUAAAAAAAAAAAAAAAAACACAAUGUUUAUGAGUAAAU